GUGUGUGUUCUUUUUCAUCGUCUACAAGCUUUACCCAUAAGCAAUGCCCUUAUUUUUGACAGCACACAACCAAAUCCUUGGCUCUUGGGAAAGUAAGUUGUAGUCUAUCUCAUAUCAGCAAAAACAAUUUUAAUAUUUCAGAGGUUAGUGAACUUCCUUGAUCGUCCAUGACCGAUAAAUCCAUGGACAAUAUUGAGUUGAAGGUCUUGGUGAACAACGUGAGCAACAAAGUGAUAUUCGUAGAGUCUGAUGGUGAUUUUAUUGAUGUUCUCUUCAGUUUCUUGACAAUCCCUAUGGGAACAGUUAUUAGGCUUUCCCAUCGUUCACAACCCUUGGGAAUUGGUUGCAUGGACAACAUAUAUGGAAGUGUGGAGAGUUUUGACUCACAGCUUUUCCGAACUGAAGAAUGUAGAGCCAUGCUGUUACGUCCCCGCAAUAGGACAGAAUAUCUCUUGAACAACCUCAAACUGAAAUUUGAUGAUUCCGAACCCAUGCGGUACUUUAUGUGUUCUAAUCCACAUUGCAGAAUUUUUCGGAACAGUCUUGUUUUUAGUUAUUACCAAAAGGUUCGUUGUCCUCGUUGUGAACGUCUAAUGGACACGGAGACCACCCUUCCAGUGUCUGGUGCUGAAGAUGGUGAGGUCUUUGUAAAAGGUCCAGCCAGAUUUAUAAUUAGUGAUGAUUUACAAGUGAUGCACCCAUUUACUUCUACAAGCUCUUAUUUAGUUAAGAACCUCGGAUGCACGGGAUGGAAUAGUAUUGAGGAGUUGACAGUCAAUGUAGGAGUUGAUGAGGUUUUGAAGUUGCUUAUGUGCUCAUUAGUAUCAAAGAUGCCUUUGACUGAAACUCUGCUGAAGCAUGAACCCCUCCCAGAAUUGAGCAAUGAAAAUGUUGAUCAAGAAAUAUAUGUUGAAUCCCGAAUGUUAGGAGACGCCACGAAUGAGGAAGAAGAAAAGAUUUCUAUUAAGCUCAUAGUUAGCAAAUCUAGGAAGAUGGUUUGUUAUGCAGAAGCAGGGGAGGAGUUUGUUAAUUUACUCUUCAGUUUCUUGACUCUUCCACUCGGGUUUAUUGUGAAACAGAUGCAGGAUAACUCUAUGAAAGGAUGCAUUGAUCAAUUGUACAAAAGUGUCCAGGAUCUUGAUGAGCAAUGCUUGAAGUCAAAUAACCAUAAGAAAAUGCUAGUGAGUCCCAAGCUUCUCCCUGGAUUUGGCUAUAAGAACCAUCCUUUGGGAAUAGAGGAAGCCUCGUAUCGGCUGGCUGUUGAUACCACCCUUAUCCACUCUAAUAAACAAGUGAAAUCAGUUGAAUUCAUAGACCCCAAAUCCCACCCUAACAAAGAUGAUAACGCUCUUGGGUUUUUGAAAGGACCGGCGAUGUUCAUGAUAACCGACAGUCUCAACGUAAGUCCGAUCUCUGCAAUUCUUGGCCUGUCAAUUUUAUGCGAAUUGAACGUACCUGUCACUGACAUUGAGGUACAAGUUGCUCAAGUGGGCAAGAAGGAGGCUUUGCAUCUUUUGCUGUCUUCUUUUCUUUGUGACUCUGUUCUGACCAAUACCUUCGUUGGGGAUCUUAGGGAGCCAAAGCAAGAACAAUGAGGGAUUGGAUUUGCAUAUUUUGGUGGCUUCUUUUGUUUGUGCCUCUGCCCCCUGAUCAAUACCUUCAUCAUUGGGAGCCGAAGAAAGAACGAUCAAGAUGAUGCAUUUGUUGUUAGUAAACAACAACUCUGGAUUACACUUUGGAUAUUGGUCUCAAAUUACUUACUUUUAAAUGCAGACUUUGGUCUUUGUUUUGUUCCUUUGGUUUUGGUUCUUUAUUUUCAUUUGUUUUAGUUGUUUGGGUUCUUCUCCGGUGUCCUUUAUUAUUUCUGGGCUUUUGGCUUGGUCUGCCAUUUUGGGCUGUAACCUGUAUUGUUGUUAGAUCUCUAUGGUUGAGUUGUCAACUAUGGUCGUGAAGGGAAAAAAAAAAUAUUACAAAACCCACUAAGCUAUGACUAAAUUUGCUGUAUUUGAUCUGAUAUAAAAGAAGCAACACGCAGUGUUUGAUGAGUCAAUAUCAA